UUUGAUCAUCGUAUGCUUAAAUUAACUUAGUCAUACUUAAGCUAAACAGGCGUUUAGCUUUCAUUCAUAAAUAAAAUCUACAGGCAAACGGUUCUAAGUUCUCAAAAAUAAAAAAAACCCAUCAUGAUACUAACAAGACAAAGUUUGCAAAAAAUUGCUAAAACAGUAACGAAACAAUUAAACACAGGAUUUGCUAGGACUUUGAGUGCCAGCGUCCAGCAGGGUGAUCAAUUGGUUUUAAUUAAUGAAUCCCAGGAUUCUGCAGUAGCAGCACAUGAAUCUACACUAAAAUUUCCGGGCGUUUGGUUGCGUGACAAUUGCAUGUGUGAUCAGUGCUUCCAUAGGGACUCUUUAAGUCGCAAACCCUUGCGUUGGAGUAACUUUGAUUGUGAUGUGAAAGUGGAAAAAAUUCAGGUGGAUGCGGAAACCAAGCAAGUGCAAAUUAAUUGGUCGGAUAAACAUGAAUCCACUUUUACCAUGGACUGGUUGAAGGAACAUAGUUUCUCCAAACAACGUCAUGAUAACUAUAUUGAUACAUGGUAUCGUCCCAAGCCUCAGCCCUGGAGUAAGGAGGAGUUUCCAAAAAUUUUAAAGAAAUUCCAAUACAAGGAUAUUAUGGAAAAUGAUGAAGCUCUCAAGGAAUGGUUGGAAACUUUGUCGGUUCAGGGUGUUAGCAUGCUGAAAAAUUCUCCCUUGGAUAUUGGUACUGUCAAGACUAUUUGCAAUCGUGUGGGUUUCAUUCGAAAGACAACAUAUGGCGAAGAGUUCAGCGUCAAAUCACGCCCAGGAGCUAAAAACUAUUCAUAUCUCUCCGAGCCACUGCCAUUGCACACCGAUUUGCCCUACUAUGAAUACAAGCCCAGUGUUACUAUAUUGCACACCUUGGAACAAUCACAAUCGAAAGGUGGUUGGAAUGCUUUAACCGAUGGUUUUCACGUUGCCAAUCUAUUGAAAGAGAAAAAUCCUGAAUAUUUUAAAAUCCUCACCGAAACAUUGGUAGAUUGGUGUGAUAUUGGACAAGAUGAGGACAGACUUUUCCAUAAUAUAUUAAGAGCUCCUGUAAUAAACAUUGACAAAGAUGGCCGCUAUACACGCAUCAAUCACAGUGUUCCACAACGUGACAGUCAUUUUACCAUUGACAUUGAGAAGGUAGUGCCCUGGUAUAGAGCCAAUGCUCUGUUCGUGCGCUUGGCCCAUGAACAAACGGUGAAUUUCAAAACCGAACCCGGAGAUGUUAUAACCUUUAACAAUUUGCGCAUGUUGCAUGGACGUACCGGUUACGAUGAUACUGAAAAUAAUGUUCGCCAUAUUGUGGGUGGUUUUAUCGAUUGGGAUAUUAUCUAUUCAAAGAUCAGAGUACUGAAAAAGGCCUUACAGAAACACAACUAAAAUAUAGCUGAAUUCAAAUUCUUUAUAAGAAUUCAAAAGUAAUAUGUUUGAAGUUUUUAUUAAUGGCUGAUGUUACAUAUUAAGUAUUACACUGUUAAACAAAUGUUUAAUAUUUAAUUAAUUUUAAAUAUUUUUUCUUUUUUUUUUGUAAACAAAUAAUAAUUUUUUAGCUUGUGUGCAUGAUUAGACAAAUUUGUUUAGUUGUUGAUAAGAUUUGUAGAGUGCUUUAACAAGUUUUUUAUUUUGUUUGUUUAUAACAUACAAGUUCACUAGGUUAAUAUAUGAUUAAAUAAUAAAAUAAAAUAUUCAAAAAAAAAAA